AUGGAUGGUAGUAGUGGUACUGGUAGCAAUGCAAAUUCAUCUGCGGGACCAUUUACUAGUGAAGAAUCUGCAAGCCAAAGUCAUAGACAGAAAGCGGAUAUAGCAUGGGCUCAUGUUUCUGAAGGUGUAAAUGCACAAGGAAGAAAAACUAUGACAUGCAUUUAUUGUCACAAGACAUUUGCGGGUGGGGAUGAAUUUGAUGGCGAUGAAGUCCAAGAAAUUCCCAUUAUUCACACUAAAGGAAUUACAAUCAAUGAGGCAAGUGCACCAUCUGAUAAAGGAAAGCGAAAAGCCACUACACUAGGCCCAGCUAUUGAUCAAAUAACAUUAAUGGGUCAUGGGUAUAAAGCUCCAUCUUAUUAUGAUCUGCAAGUGCCUUUGUUGAGAGAAGCUAAGAAAGAUUUGGCUUUACUUAUUGAUUCAUUUCGAAGUAUAUCUUUCAUCAAAUUUGUUGAUACAUCUGAUGUUGAGACAAAUGCACAUAAUUUGUGUAAUUUAUUUGUUGAAAUUGUUGAAAUCGUUGGUCUAAGAAAUGUGAUGCAUAUGGUUACUAAUAAUGCUAGCAAUUAUAAGGUUGCUGGAACUCUACUAAGUGAAAAAUACCCAACCAUUUGUUGGUCUCCAUGUGCUGCACAUUGCAACAAUUUAAUUUUAAAGGAUAUUGGUCAAAUGAAUGAUGUGAAAGCCAUAAUAUCACUUGCUUCAACUGUGACUGUAUUUAUGUAUAGCCAUAAUUUGCAUGAUCACAAAGAUAGUUUGCAAGUUCUAAUCACCAGUGGAGAUUACAAAAAGUUCUUGAAAAUAGACAAAGGAAAAGAGGUUAAGCAAAUUGUUUUGGAUGAAAAGUUUUGGAAUAAUUAUUUGAUUACAAUGAGGAUUAUGGGCCAACUUAUUCGUCUUUUGCAUGUUUAUGACACUGAUGAAAGACCUUCUUUGGGUUAUGUCUAUGAGGGCAUGUAUAGAGCAAUUAAUGACAUCAAGAAGCUCUUUAAAAACAAAGAGAGAUCCUACAAGCCUUAUACUGACAUAAUCAAUGAAAGAUGGGAUAGAAUGUUGAGAAAGAAUCUUCAAGCUACUGCUUAUUAUUUGAAUCCUGCUUUUCAAUAUGAUCCCACAUUUUCUAUCCAUCCAGAGAUCACAAAUGGUUUGUUUGAUUACAUAGAAUCAAAGGUAGAUUGGUGUAGUUUGGAUGUAUUAACAUAUGAGAUUGGUAUGUUUCGAGAUCGUCAAGGGAGUUUUGGGCGAAAAUCUGCUAUUCUUAGCAGCCAAAAAAAUCGUCCAGAAACGCCAAUAGGAGAGCUUGAUUAUGAUGAGUUGGAAGAGGAGCUUGAAGAACUUCCAAUACCUCUGGAAAGUUCGAAUUUUCAACAAUUUGAAGAUGAUGGAGAUGAAGCUGAGCCCGAGGAUGUUAAUUUGGACUUAUUUCAAAGUAGAAGUGUUCUUGUUGAUAAAGAUGAUUGGAUAUGA